GGGAAAAGGGGCCAUCCAAACACCCCCUUCAAGUGAUAGUGUGUAUUACAGUGACCACUCUUAUCAUGAGAGAUGAUGAUGGAUUGUAUGAAGCAUUUGUAGAUGAGGAAGCAGAGUUUGUUGGAGUCCCAUUUACUAAUGAGAAAAGGGCAGAAGUUCAACAUAAUGAUGGUGAAGUGGUGCUCAGUGAUGAAGAUGCAAAGUAUGAUUCAGACUAUAGCUUUGAUACUUCGUCUGAUGAGGAAAAUGGGGGGAGAAGGAAGACCCCAUUUGAGAAAUUUAGGCCUGACACAGACAUGGAAGACCCUAAAUUCAAGGUUGGCAUGUUUUUCAGUACAACCAAAGACUUUAAGGCAGCUAUAAAGCAACAUGCAAUCAAGCACCAAAGGAAUGCCAAACUUGUAAAAAAUGACAAGCGAAGGGUCAGGGCAAGGUGCGAAUUGCCUUGUGAAUGGGAGAUAUAUGCAGCUAAGGUCCUCGCAGAGAGUUCAUAUCAGAUGAGGACCUACACUAGUACACACUCAUGUACUAAGACUUAUUCCAAUAGAAAUGUGACUUCAACCAUCAUAGCAAGGAGGUACAUGGAGGAUCUGAGGGCCAAUCCAUGGAUUCUCAUUUCUGCAUUCAAAGCUAGGGUAAGGAAAGAAAUGAAAUGUGAUGUCUCUAGGACUCAGCUGUACAGAGCUAAGAGAAAGGCAGCCGACUUAUUUAUGGAUCUGAUCUUGAACAAUAUGGGAGGCUUUGGGACUAUUGUAAGGAAUUGAGGAGAUCAAAUCCAGGUUCAACAGUGGUCAUGGAUGCACUAGUUGAUGAACAAAGUGGGCAGCCAAUGUUCAAUAGGUUGUACAUUUUUCUAGCAGCUCCAAAGACUAGUUUUUUUAAAUGGUUGUAGGAAGAUUAUUGGUUUGGAUGGCUGCCACCUGAAUGGGCAAUACAGUGGUUAGCUUCUAACAGCAGUAGGGGUGGAUCCAAACAAUGCAAUGUGCCCUAUGGCAUACUCUGUGGUGGAAAUAGAGAGUAAGGACAUAUGGACAUGGUUUAUUACACUACUAAAGAUGGAUUUGAAUAUUACAAAUGGAAAUGAGCAUGAGUGGACUUUCAUCAACGAUAGACAAAAGGGUCUGUUGCCUGCAAUUCAUGAGGAGGUCCCUAGAACAGAGCAUAGACACUAUGCUAUGCAUUUGCUCAGCAAUUUCCAGAAGAUGUUCAAGGGAGUUUCACUUGAGGACAAGUUUUGGGUAUGUGCUAAAGCAAGCCAUGUACCCAUGUUUGAAGAUGCCGUGGAAAAGAUGAAGGCUAAGAGCCCAGAGGGUUAUAACUAUUUGGCUAAAGAACCCCCAAGGUAUUGGAGUAGGUCUCAUUUCAAGGACAUUGUCAAGUGUGACAUGGCGUGCAAUAACCUAUGUGAGGCAUUUAACAAAUCAAUAUUGGAGGCAAGAGAAAAGCCCAUAAUAGAAAUGCUAGAGUGGAUCAGAUGUUAUUUCAGCAAUAGAAUGUUGAUUAGAAGGGAGUGGAUUAGAAAGUUUACCAAUGAGUUGUUACCCAACUGCUAUAGUAAGUUGGAGGAAUAUCUGAAUGAGUCAGCAUUAUGUGAAGCAAGAUGGUUUGGGGAUCUUCAGUUCCAAGUAUGGUGUGGGGAAGGGGAGCAGUAUAUAGUUGACCUUAACCAAAGGACAUGCACCUGUAGAAAAUGGGACCUAAAUGGGAUACCAUGUCCCCAUGCUAUUGCUGCAAUCCAGGAAAAGCAUGAUAAAGUUGAAUGGUACAUCAGUCAUUGGUACUCCAAGACGAGUUACAUGAAUGCUUACCAACCACUUGUCAACCCUAUCAAUGGGUAUAACAUGUGGCCCAAGACUGGAUUUACCCCAGUUAUAUGCCCAGCUCAGAGGAGAAAGCAAUGAAGACCGAAGAAGAAGAGAAUUCUUGGGGCAGAAGAGUACCUCAAUCCAAAAUAUCCCAACAAAUUGAGGAAAAUCAGACAAAAUUCAGUUUUCUGUGGGAGAUGUGGUAAACAUGGGCACAAUAGAAGGACAUGCACAACUACUCUGCCAAUUGAGAGUGGUGAUACAGAUAGGGCUGGCACCAGUGCUGAUGUUGGAGGUGGAAGGGGAGAUGUGCAAGGUAGGGAUGGUUGGACUGGUGGAGGAAGUA